AUGCAAAUGAUCCUGGUGAAACUGGUGAACAACAUCAAUACACAGGAAGAUCUCUCCGCCGUGACUCAGUUAGAAAAGCUGUGUGAGACCAGGCCGUGUGAGACCAGGCCGUGUGAGACCAGGCCGUGUGAGACCAGGCCGUGUGAGACCAGUCUGUGUGAGACCAGUCUGUGUGAGACCAGGCUGUGUGAGACCAGGCUGUGUGAGACCAGGCCGUGUGAGACCAGGCUGUGUGAGACCAGGCCGUGUGAGACCAGGCCGUGUGAGACCAGGCCGUGUGAGACCAGGCCGUGUGAGACCAGACUGUGUGAGACCAGGCCGUGUGAGACCAGUCCGUGUGAGACCAGUCUGUGUGAGACCAGACUGUGUGAGACCAGGCCGUGUGAGACCAGGCUGUGUGAGACCAGGCUGUGUGAGACCAGGCUGUGUGAGACCAGGCCGUGUGAGACCAGGCCGUGUGAGACUAGUCUGUGUGAGACCAGACUGUGUGAGACCAGUCCGUGUGAGACCAGGCCGUGUGAGACCAGGCCGUGUGAGACCAGUCCGUGUGAGACCAGGCUGUGUGAGACCAGGCUGUGUGAGACCAGUCUGUGUGAGACCAGGUUUUACUUGUUCCUGGCCUAA